CCAAUUCCUCACUCACCGGUCGCGUUUAUUACAAGUCCACACGUCUCAACUCUCUCUCUCUCUCUCUUCCUGGAUUUCCGCUUUUUACUAAAUUCUCUAUCAUCUUCAACAUUUUUCAACUUUCUUCGUGUCCAAGUAUCUAGGGUUUUUCUUCAGCUGAAAUAUCUUCUGCUAGGGUUUUGGAAGAUGGCGGCCACCAUGGAGAGUUUGAUCGGCCUGGUUAACCGGAUCCAGAGGGCCUGUACUGCCCUCGGCGACUACGGUGGCGGCGACACCGCCUUCUCUUCUCUCUGGGACGCUCUCCCCUCCGUCGCUGUUGUCGGCGGACAGAGUUCUGGAAAAUCCUCAGUAUUAGAAAGCAUAGUUGGGAGAGAUUUCCUUCCUCGAGGAUCAGGGAUUGUCACGAGGCGGCCUUUGGUAUUGCAACUGUAUAGGAUAGAUGAGGGACAGGAGUAUGCGGAGUUUUCACACCUGCCUCGACGGAAAUUCAGUGAUUUUGCCAUGGUUCGUAAGGAAAUUGAGGAUGAAACGGAUAGGUUGACUGGAAAGUCGAAACAGAUUUCUCCUGUUCCAAUCCAUCUUAGUAUAUACUCUCCUAAUGUUGUCAACUUGACCUUAAUUGAUUUGCCGGGUCUGACAAAAGUUGCUGUUGAGGGACAAUCUGAAAAUAUUGUUCAAGACAUUGAAAAUAUGGUGCGAUCUUAUAUUGAAAAGCCUAACUCCGUCAUACUGGCAAUAUCUCCGGCCAAUCAAGAUAUAGCAACAUCAGAUGCUAUCAAAAUUGCAAGGGAGGUGGAUCCGACUGGUGAUCGGACAUUUGGUGUUUUGACAAAGUUAGACUUGAUGGAUAAAGGAACUAAUGCAUUGGAUGUCCUUGAAGGGAGAUCCUAUCGUCUACAACUUCCCUGGGUUGGAAUAGUGAACCGUUCUCAAGCAGAUAUAAAUAAAAAUGUAGAUAUGGUUAGUGCAAGGCGGAAGGAGCGCGAAUACUUCGCAACAAGUCCUGACUAUGGACACUUAGCGAGUAAAAUGGGUUCAGAGUAUCUUGCGAAACUUCUCUCCAAGCACUUGGAGUCUGUAAUUAGGGCAAGAAUACCAAGUAUCACAUCGCUGAUUAACAAAAGCAUUGAUGAGCUUGAAUCCGAGAUGGACCACCUUGGUAGGCCUAUUGCUGUUGAUGCAGGGGCUCAGCUUUAUACUAUCUUGGAACUUUGCCGUGCCUUUGACCGUAUAUUUAAGGAGCAUCUCGAUGGAGGCCGACCUGGAGGUGACCGAAUUUAUGGAGUAUUUGACAACCAGCUCCCUGCUGCUUUAAGGAAGCUUCCAUUUGAUCGGCACCUUUCUCUGCAAAAUGUAAAGAAAAUUGUUUCGGAGGCAGAUGGUUACCAACCACACUUGAUUGCACCCGAGCAAGGUUAUCGAAGACUUAUUGAGGGGUCACUAAAUUAUUUUAGGGGCCCCGCUGAAGCUUCAGUGGAUGCUGUUCACUUUGUCCUGAAGGAGCUUGUUAGAAAGUCAAUUGGAGAAACUAAGGAGUUGAGGCGGUUUCCUACUCUGCAAGCUGAAAUAGCUGCUGCUGCUGGUGAAGCCUUGGAAAGGUUUAGGGAGGAGAGUAAGAAGACAGUUGUAAGACUGGUGGACAUGGAAUCUUCAUACCUGACAGUUGAUUUCUUCAGGAAACUGCCCCAGGAAAUAGAGAAUGCGGGAAACCGCCCAGGUGGCCCCCCUGCUGCUGCUGCCGCCCCAGCAAUCGAUCGCUACUCAGAGGGGCACUUCAGGAGGAUAGCAUCGAAUGUAUCUUCCUAUGUGGGGAUGGUGUCGGAGACAAUCAGGAUUACCAUUCCCAAGGCAGUGGUGUAUUGUCAGGUUAAGGAGGCCAAACAGAACUUGCUCAAUUACUUCUACACACAAAUUGGCAAGAAAGAGGGUGCACAGCUUGGUCUGUUGUUGGAUGAAGACCCAGCUUUGAUGGAGAGGAGGCAACAAUGUGCGAAACGGCUCGAACUAUACAAGUCUGCCAGGGACGAGAUUGAUUCCGUAUCUUGGAUCAGAUGAGACCGACCGUUAUUUAGAGAUGCUUUGUAUAAUAAUGAUAUACUACUAGACAAUUACAGACAAUGUUAAUUGGUGAAAUUAUUGGGAGGAUGUGAUUCUUAGGUUCUUUGUUUUGUUUCCGCGAAUUUGGGGUGGGGUUUUUGGGUACUGGUGAUUUGCUGCAGCGACUCCAUUUAUAUCUAUUCCUUGUAAAUUUUUUUAUAUCUACUGCUUCUUGAGUUCUUGUAUACGAGUUAAUUCUAGUUUCCUCUC